GAAUUUUUUUACCACAAGGACUAUCUUCCGAAUACCAUAUGACCACGGGGACCAUUUAUCCGAUUAGGCUUUUUAAAAUGGCUAGAGAGAACGUGUGCUUCGCUUGCCCAAUAUGCUUUGUUACUUUUUGUAUUGUUGUUUGGGCUCACCCGCUUUGGUAAAUUAAAAUUCAUGAAUGGGUGUGGUCCGCCUCCGCACACGAAAAUAAUAAUUUAAUAAAAUAGAUCGCGUGCGAACCGCCUAUUCCUUUGAAAGGCAGGUAAACCCCUCUCCCCUCCCGUCCUGCCGAUUCAUUCACCAACAACGAAACAAACAACCACGACAAAACCUCACCUCUCUCUCCCUCUCUAUUAUCUUGUCAAAAGUCAGACGAACGGCGUCGUGUCGUGGCAUGGCAGCACCGAAGCACAGCUCAGGUCGAUCGACGUCUUUCAUGGACUCUUCCGAGUCUGAGAAGAUGGAGGCCACCGGCAGCUGGGACGCCCUCGACUGGACCAUUGAGCCGGUUUCGCGGUCCGUUUCUCGGCCCGUUUCGCAUGUGAAAUUGGAGUGCCUGCUUGAAGCCGAGCAAGUCCAAGUUGAGGGGUAUGGAGUUGUUCUUGUUAAUACAGAUGAGGCGGGCACCUUGAUAGUGACCAAUUAUCGUCUUCUAUUCCUGAGUGAGGGAACUAGGAAUGUUAUUGCACUUGGCACGAUACCGUUGGCAACAAUCGAGAAGUUCACCAAAAUUAAAAAUCAGGAAUCAUAUCAACUACGGCGCCUAGUUGAUCCCAUACUCAUUCCUUCUUUCCCUUCCUCUUCAUGGCUUCCCCCAUUCCAAGUUGUAAAGAAUCAGCCAACCCCUCGUCAAUCCGAAAAGAUUCCAUCAAGAAGACUUCUUCAGGUCAUUGGUAAAGACAUGAGGACCAUUGUCUUUGGGUUUCGUCCUAAAACAAGGCAGAGACGUGCAAUAUUUGAUGCAUUAUCAAGUUGUACAAAGCCAACAAGUCUGUGGGAUCUUUAUGCUUUUGUUUCUGGACCUUCCAAAUUUGGUAACACCAACCCAAAGGUGCGGUUACUAAAUGAGUAUUUUCGGCUUCUUGGGAAAGGGUCCUUACGUGCAUCUAUGAAUAUGAUUGAAGAUGGGUCAUUCACAUUUUCUAAUGAUUUGUGGAGGAUAAGUAGCAUAAAUUCCAGCUAUAUCAUGUGCCAGAGUUAUCCAUUUGCCUUGAUGGUUCCAAAAUCCAUAACUGAUGAAGAAGUGCUUCAAGCUUCCAACUUCCGAGCAAGAGGUCGCUUGCCUGUAGUUACAUGGUAUCAUCCAAAAACGGGAGCAGUUCUUGCACGGUCAUCCCAACCCUUAGUUGGUCUCAUGAUGAAUAUGAGGAGUAACACAGAUGAAAAGAUUGUUGCUGCACUUUGCACUCAACUUGCUGGUACAAGAGUCAAACAGAGGAAGUUAUAUAUAGCCGAUGCAAGGCCUCGAAAAAAUGCUCUAGCUAAUGGUGCUAUGGGAGGUGGCUCUGAGUCAUCUUCACAUUAUUCUCAAUCUGAGAUAGUUUUCUUUGGGAUAGACAACAUACAUGCAAUGAGAGAGAGCUUUGCCAGACUCAGAGACUAUUUAGACACUCAUGGUGCAGCUUCAUCGGAUGGAAUGUCAUCUUUCUUGAGACAUGGUGGAUGGACUUGGGGUGGAGGUAACCUAAGCAGUAUGUCUGCUUCAGUGUCAACACUGGGGGACAGUGGUUGGUUAAUACAUGUUCAAAGUGUCUUGGCUGGUUCUGCUUGGAUUGCUGCUCGUGUUGCUUUGGAGUCGGCAUCAGUGCUUGUACAUUGUAGUGAUGGAUGGGACAGAACCACUCAGCUGAUUUCACUUGCCAAUUUGUUGCUUGAUCCAUACUAUCGGACUUUAACUGGGUUUCAGGCACUGGUUGAGAAAGAUUGGUUAGCAUUUGGUCACCCAUUCGCAGAUCGAGUUGGCAUGCCAGCUGUAAUGGGAAGUGGCAACAUGCCUUCUGAAUUGACGAGGCAGGCCUCUGCUCCGGUUCUCCAGUCAUCACCCAGUCGCCAUUCAUCAGCGUCUCAGGCGCCUACUUCUCAUGCACAGAAUUCAAAUGACUAUUCUCCCAUAUUUCUGCAGUGGGUUGAUUGUGUUUCACAAUUGUUGCGGAUGUAUCCUUUUGCUUUUGAGUUUUCUUCGGCAUUUCUGGUGGAUCUAUUGGACUGUGUUCUAUCGUGUCGCUUUGGAAACUUCUUAUGUAAUAGUGAAAGGGAGAGGCAGCAAUGUGGUGUACCCGAUGCUUGUGGAUGCAUGUGGGUAUAUUUUGCUGAUUUACGUGCUUCGCAGGGAAGUUCUCAUGUGCACUAUAACUACUUAUAUGAUCCCUUGAAACACGAUGGUCCACUGUUACCUCCAGCAGCAGCUUUAGCACCAACUCUUUGGCCUCAAUUCCAUCUUCGUUGGGCUUGUUCCUCAGAGGCUCAAGUUGGAGGGGUUGAAGCUCAAUUUAGGCAAAUGGAUGUUAAGUUCUCUGAACUACAAAAGGAAAAAGAAAUGGCAGAAAGGAAAGCUAAAGAAAUCACCACCUUAAUGGAAUCAUUAACCGCAGAAUUGCAAAAUGAGAAGCAAGUUAGCAGCUCAGCUAAGCAGAUGGCCAAGAGGGCAAGCAGGGAAAGUGACGCCAUAAAGCGAGCUGUACAGUCACUGGGAUGCAAGGUCCACUUUUCAAACAGUGGAGAUUGCACCGUUGGCAUCGAAAGCAGCCAAAUUGCAUCUUCGCAGAAAUUACCUUAUUAUUUAAAAAGAGAAGCGGAUGGCACCAUGCAGCGUGAUGAGAAAUUAGACCUCUCUCUUUCAAUCACGGUUAUGGCAGAUGAUGAUGCUUCCAUCAACCCAAUUGGCCGAGUAUGUGAAACGUUAUGCCCGUUAGGCAUGCGAGAUGGGGGCUGCCGGUGGCCGGAUGCUGGUUGUGCUCAAUUGGGUAGCCAAUUUCUCGGACUAAAGGUUAACUACGAGGCAUUUGAUAAACUUUCUAUUUAUGAUAGCUAUUUCCAGCCGAAAUAAUACUAAAUAAAUUUGGAGCUUUCUUUGGACGUACCAAACCAAACUCACUACUCCCGCAACGUUAUCCUUGUGGAAAUUCCCAUAUAGAGUUCAAAGUUUCUUUUAGCAUAGUUCCAAGAUUAUUUGUAGCAUGCCAGAAAGUGAACACGAAGAACGACGAAGGACGGACCCGAUAAUUGAAGAUGGGUCUCGAGAUGUAUUGUACAGAGGAUGUAAAGUUAGCUGAGGACCAUUUCUAUCAUAUAGACAGGUCUUUGUAGCGGCGAAAGGAAAAACCAGAACGGUGCAAGGUCUGGUGUAUAUAUGGUCAGUCGUCUACUUCUCAUUACAUUAUUGUUUGGUGCUCGUAUGGUUAACUGUAAAGGUUGCAAUUAAUCUCCUAAACAAGGUUAGUUUUCGAUGCGAUUUAUGUAUUGUUACAUUGUUUUGUUCCA